AUGGAGCGAAUAAAUUUGAAUAAAUUAAAAAAAAAUUCAAAUUAUAACAAAGUUGACUCAGUAUAUUACAAAUAUUUUACAUUUAUUCAUCAAAUAUUUUUAAAAGCAAUUGGACUCUCGCCCUGGACGAUUGACACUUCCGGGAUCUGUAAAAAUCAACGACUCAAAAAUCAUAAUUUCGAAUGUUAUUUUUCCCGCGCCGGAUCUUGUUAUAAUGUUUUAUUAUUUAUAACAUAUAUUUGUUUUGGUAUUUUUAUUGUACUCAACAUAUCGUCAACUAAAAUCGAUUCCCGUCCAAUAUUAGAUGCAGUUGCAGUUAAACUUUCAUUCAUCGCAACACUUUGUAUAAGUUUGAUACCGCUUAUUUAUAUUUUCCAACAAAAAUUGAUAAUAAGCGUAAACAGGCGAUUUAAAAAUGUCGACCAGAAAUUAAACAAAUGUGCAGAUUACAAAAUGGCAAAUGAUAAUACAAAUUAUUUUAUAUUUACUAUUAAUUUAGCCAUAACGUCAUGCUUAAUAAUAAUGAGGGAAAUCUAUUAUAUGUCAGUGGAAAUUGUAUUUGCCAUAAGUAUCCCAUACUUUAUCAGCAGUUGGGUGAUAAUACAGUACGCGAUUCUCAUAAAUAUGUUGAAAAAACGGUUCAAAAGUAUUAACAUGACAAUUUCAAAACUGGGUACAAUGGAAAGUAAAAUACCGCUGUCACGUUACUCGGUUCUCAAUGAUAUUUCGAGUAUCAAAUACGCGUAUGUUGAAUUGUGUGAAAUGUGCGACGAUGCAACAGAUUUUUAUGGGUUGCCGCUUUUGAUUGUCAUCAUUAUGUUUGCUAUUAGAACUCUGUUGAAUUUGUAUUACAUAAUUAUAGCUCUGAUUGACAAACAAAAAAUUGACACCGGUGAAUAUUUGUCGGGAUUGUUCAUAUUAGGAAGUAUAUUUUUAUUUAUAACAUUAACUACUGUUGUCACUCAAUUAAUAAAACAGAAUAGAAAAACUGCUAGAAUGGUAAAUUCACUUAUGGAUCGAUACUCGAUGGAUGAUAAAAUAGUGAAAAAAUUAAGUAAAUUUUCAAACGAUCUCUGGCAUCUGACUGUCGAAUUUACAGCCUGUGGUAUCAUACCACUAGAUCGUACUCUUCUGGCAGUCAUUACUGGUACAAUUGCGACGUAUUUAGUUAUUGCUGUACAAUUUCGUGUUAGCUCACCUUCUAACUAAUUAAAUAAAAAUUCAUUAAUUCAAAAUAUAUGCGUGUU